AUGACGAGAGAAACAGCGGCACAGUCGUGUCUAGGUCUCGCGAUUUCGCGUCGCGAGCGCCAGGAGGUGUUUUGCAUCGACUGCGAAGACGCGUUGAUCUGGACAGACUGGAAAGUGGGUCGACAGUCAACGAAACGACUGUUGUUGAAGAACGUGGGAACAGAACACCAAACACUUCAAUACAAAGUGCCUCAGAGUCGGACCUUUUCUCUGCCGUUUCCAGAGCCGUUUCGCCUGCCGCCUGGCAUGACCAAGACGUUCCUCGUCACCUUUUCUCCUCACCACUCCCAGUCCGUAGUCGAAGCCCUCGAGUUUGUCUGCGACAAAGGCGCCUUCGUCAUCUUCCUGAAGGCGACCGAGAAGCGCGCAGCGGUUUCGAUUCCGCGAGCCAUCGAUUUUGGACUCGGGGCCGUCGCAGCCAACACAUCGAUCCCUUUUCUUGUUCACAACACUGGAUCUCUCCCAGUCACUGUACUGUGGAAGGACGUCCAGCCUUUCCGGAUUCUCCCGGAAACGGCGCUCAUCCCCGUCGGUCGCACGGAGAAGUUCACUGCACUCUUUCACCCGCCCGGCCCCCUCGCCUACGAAGGCGUAGUUGUCUGUUCCCUCAUAUCCAAACACGGAGACAGAAAAGAGUCUGAGGACCUCUCGUCUUCGGUCUGCAACGCAGAGCCUCGUGCUGGAACGUUAGAGGAGGCAGAAAAAGAGGAAAACAAUAGAGCGACCCUCCAACAACCAAGGGAAGACGCAGCCUUACUGAAGAACGCUUCGUGGGCGCCUGACGUCGAAACAGAAGCCGUGCAAAUGUAUUCUAUGGACGUAAAGGGAAUUGGCAAGAUUCCGCAUCUCCAUGUGAAGGGAAAAACUGAGGUUGCCGUCGACUUUGGAAUCGUUCUGUGCGGAACUGUAGAGACCCAGACACUUCUGCUGGACAACAGCUCCUCCGUUAGAGCGCACUUUGAGGUCCUGCGAAUUGGAAAUCCACCUCAAGGGAAUCUUCGCGCUUCCCCAGUUACAGUUUGCUCGCGAAGCGGCGUCGUCGAGCCCGGAGAACAUUUUCCUCUGACUUUCACGUUCCACGGCCACUCGGUCAAAGAAGUAUUUCAAGAGUUUCAGGUGGCCAUGAAGGUCGGGGCUCCCAUCACCGUCAAAGUCACAGGCGUCGUUGGGCACAUCGAAGCAACUCUCUCCUCCAAUCACCUUCAUUUUGGGGACGUACCGGUCGGACGCAAGAUUACAAAGCAGGUGCAGCUCCGGAAUCUGUCGAAGCGCGCGUCUUCGUAUCACUUCGUGAAUUUGCAGGACUCGGCAUUUGUGUGUCUCGACAAGCCGAGCGGGCUCUUGGGAGCGCAGACCAGCGUCACACUCUCCUUCUCCUUCAGUUCCCUAGUUCCUCUGAGGUUUCACAAACGCGCUUUCUGCCUGGUUAACGGAGCAGAGGAACCUGUGGUGCUUGACCUCCUCGCCACUGCCUACGACGAAGGUCGCCCUGCAGCUCUCACUCUGGGUCAUGUCUACCUGAAAAGAUGGCAGGAGCUAGAAAACGCUCUUCCACCCCGAGACUCUCUCGAGUUCGACUGCCAAGGAAAUCCUGAGAAAGUCCCGAUCCCGCCAGAAACACCAGCCUCGCUUUUCAAAAUGUUGACUACUGAUUUCUCUGAUACCUCCAGGGGUCUCUCAGUGUCGCCAUCUUUGGUGGACUUCAAAUGCGGCGAAUCUCGACGAACUCUCUCAGUUUUCAACAGAACGGGCGAAAAAUUUCUCUGCAUCUGGAAAGACUCUCUCGAUCGAAAAAGAAAGAAAAAUCCGGCUCACGUCUUCUCAGUCUCCCCCCGACGCGCUGAACUUCUCCCCAACAGCGUCACGACUUUCCAGGUGACUUACGAUCGUGUGGGCCUGACCGUUUCAGCGGAUUUUUGCGAGUUGGAAGCCAUCGUCUGUCCGCUGGUGAACUUCUCCCGCCUUCUCCCCGACUCGCUUCUUCUUCCGUCUUCUCUCACUUGUUGGUCGCGAGCGCUGGCGGUGCAGUCCUCGAAUGCGCUCGCGCCCAACGCCUCCGUAGCCGAGGCGGCUGUCCAGUUCAAGCCGUGCGUCCCCGGUAAAAAAGAACUCUUCAACAAAGGAGACACGCCUCUUUCGUUUGACAUUCUUCACAAAGUCCCAGACUCCGUCGCCUCCUCCGAGGACUUACUUGCAUGCAACUGGCCUUUCAAAGUUUGGCCACCCUGCGGCCAGAUUCCUCCUCGAGGCUUUCACUUCGUCGUCCUCCAGUUUCAACCUCGUCGAGCGUCGGGACUCGUCUCUGGCACCUUCGACGUCGUUUUCGACUGCAAAGAAAAAUUUACGAAACGCAUUCAAAUGUUUGCCAGUUCCUGGGAGCCGGAAGUCUCCGUGGACCCCGACAUGCUUGUCUUCCCCAGAACGCCUGCAGGCUCGGUUUCUAGGCGCGAAUUCGUCGUUCGCAAUCUGACAGAAAUUCCUGUCUCUGUCGUUUUUUCUUUGGAGGACUCGAGAGCCUUCUCGCUCGAAGAAGCUUCAGAAACGCGUCUUUUACCGUCUGAGAGAAAAACAAUCGUUUGCCAUUUCGCUCCCAAAGAAGAGGGCACAUGCCGAGCCAGGCUCCUCGUUCGAACGCGCUCCGUUGCUCCAGUCGACGCCGAAACGGAGAAAAGCAAUCGCAGUCUUCUUUCGACGAACUUCGCCGACAGUCUGCGUCUCGUCGGCGUUUCUGUUUCGGAGCCUCUCAGCGUUGAGCCGACGCGACUCAGUUUGGGAGCAGUCACCGCAAACACAACUGUGACGAGAGAGGUGCUGCUAAAAAACGCAACCGGUGCAUCUGUCCGCUACAAAAUCGAGGUUCUUGAAGAACCUGAAGAAAGAGAAACUCAUCUUUAUCCCCUUCCUUCCUCUUCUUCUCACGAGCGUCGUCCUUUCGCGUCACACCAGAGGUCUCGUUGUGAAGCUGUGCGGCAGCCGGCGCUGAAGUUCGAGAAGCCAGAGUCCGUCGUCGGCGCUCAGUCCACCGAUCGUCUUCUUUUUUCCUUUACUCCGACGAAACAAAGAAAUUACAGUUUCCUCGUGCGCAUUAUCCAGGUGGAUCUUGUGUCCGACGCCCGCAAUCGCCAGACCUCGACCGACGAGUUGGAAGCGGAAGGUGAAUGCAGAAGCGACGAAGCGACGCCACUCCAAGUUCUGUCUUUCACGGUCUCAGCACAAGCAGUCCACCCGGUCGUCCAGAUCUUGGAUGUCCGUUCUCUCAACUGCUCCACGCCGCCGAGCCAAAUGUGGAGCUCAAUGCAUGCAGCUUCUCUCAACGAACACCUUGCGCGAGAGGUGGAGGCAGAAGACCUGCAGUUUCUCGCGGCGAGAGGCAUCGACGCUCGGGCAAAAGCUCUGAAUCGUCUGACUUCUUUUUCCGUUCAAUGGGGACCUCAUCCCGAAACCGUUGGAGAACAUGCCGUGCUCCUCACUUUUCAUAAUCCGGGGAAAGUCCCAGCAGAAGUGACUCUCGAAACCGCAGCCGACAUGAAGCUCUCAGAGCCCCCCAACUGGGCAAAGGAGGCCGAGGAAGCGGAGAGCUGCGGCGAGAGUCUCCUGUUGGAGCCCAGACGCCUGCGACUCGUCGCGGAUGGAUUUGGCAGCGUGAUGGCUCUUUUUCGUCACAAGAAAUUUAGAAAAGAGCGAGUUCAAGUGGCUCUCUCGAUCUCCAAAGGGAGAUGCGCCGUGCUUGACUUCUGCUGGGAGACAGCGCCUUCCAGUUCUCCCAUCCUCGUAACUCGAGGCCCCAUGCAGACGCUGCAGAGCGUCUCGCUCGAUCGACGCCCAGGGUCAGUGCAGGCUGUGGAGCUUCGGAACGAUGGAGACGUUGCAUGCAGCUGGAGGCUGCACCUCGCGAAAAAGAACUCCUUCCACGGACACAACGUCAUCGCUUUCGAUCCGAAGCAUGCCGUUCUGCCUCCCCACACAGCGACGCAUUUGCAUGUGCGCUUCUCUCCCCUUGAACAGAAAGAAUAUACUUUUCCAGUCACUCUCUCAUGGCACUCCCGCGACGAGUUAGCUCGAUCCACUUGUCAAACAGCGAGGUCACUUCCUCUCCUCCCUACCUCUUCUUCCUCUUCCUCCUCUUCUUCCUCUUCUUCCUCUUCCUCCUCUUCCUCCUCUUCUUCCUCUUCUUCCUCUUCUUCCUCUUCUUCCUCUUCUUCCUCUUCCUCCUCUUCCUCUUUUCCAUCUUCUCAACCUUCUGGCGCUGCGCAGUCACCUUCCGCAUUUCAGGGAGAGUCUGAGGCGGAAGCGAAGCAAGGGUUUUUCUCCGACUGUGCAGGCUCAGAGACUUCUUCUUGCCUGCUGUUGAAGGCGCGAGGUGUGGUGGAGAGAGAGGAAAGCGGAGAAAAUCAGCAGACGCUCCCCGGAUUCCUCAGAAACACUAAAGAAGUCAUUCCUGUCGCUUCUCGAGCAAGCCUCUGUGCCGAAGCUCUCCUUUUGCAGACCGUCCCCGCAAAAUGUUUAAUUCACCGCUUCCUCAUCCUGCGAAAUAACGACGCAACUCGCGUCCUCCGGUUUUCCUGGGAUGAUCAAAACUUGUUCCCCACCACGGAUUUCCUCACGAUUCUCCCCGCCGAAGGAACUAUCCCUCCGUUGGGCCGCGAGGUCGUCCACUUUGCGUUUCGCACUCCCUCCUUUCCUGUCGACUUGGACGGGGAGAUUCGGUGCACUACGACAUGGCUGUCGCAUGCAGAGCAGCCGACGUCGCUCGCCUCCUCCAGUUCCGAUUGCGAGGAAGAAAUCCUGGAGAGUCACGGGGAACUUUUCGACGGCCAAGACAGAAAGAACAUAUCGAGCCGCCCUCGCGGAACCGGCGAAGAAGACACUCUCCACGAGUCCGACAAGGUGGCGAAGGAAAUGGCGAAGAGUCGAAUUCGCGAGAGCUGGCGGAAGCCGCGCAGGCGAACGCGCGCAGUUCCCUCUGUCUAUCUACAGCGUCUGCGACCCAGCGUCUCGCUCUUUGUUCGGGUGCGAGUUUCUGUCGACUCUCGUUUUUCUUCCAUGGCUUUCUUGAACAUUCCUCCGCCUCUAUACCCUCGAAAUUGUCGCCUUGUAUCAGGCGCAGCGAAAACGCCAGCCGACGUCCACGGCUCGGCUCGCAUUCUCCCAUGCUGCACCGCAACUCUGGCGUCUGAAAUUUUAACUGAAAUGAUUCGCUCCGUCCUCCAGUCCGACCACACAGCCCAGCUCCUCGACACCCUCCUGCGAGAACCUGCAGCGUACUUCAGAGACAUCGCUGAAAACGACGAUUUCUCUGCUUUUUCAACGCAAAAGGAACACACACAGAGCCUCAGCGACCACAAAAAAAACCAAGGAGAGCAGAGUCUGUCGGCUGGAACUGGGAGGGGAAAGAUCAGAGCGACUCAAGGAAGACUGCAUGCAGCGAGGCCGAAAAUUCCAGGACUCACUUUCCGGGAGGACUUUCAAAACUGGUCAUGCCUCGUCGCCAAUUUCCUCGAUUGUCUUCCGACCUUGAACAGCACGCUCGAAAGUGAGCGUGAAGAACUCUGUUCCUCGUCAUUGGAAAAUGACGAAAAGCUGGAAAUCCUUCUCGCUCGAGAUGAAAAACUCGACGUCGGCGUUCUCCCCGCCACAGUGUCCGACAUUUUCCGGCAUAUGAUCUUUUCUGCGAUCGAGGAUGUCUUCCAGUGCCAGUCUUCCAGUUUUGGAAGCCCCCCGAGCGUCUCCAGCCGCGCCUGCAGGCCGCCGUUUUUUCCAGAUUUCCAGUCUUCACAGACUCACGAAGCUGUGCACUCAUAA